AUGGCGUCCGCCGACGGGGAGAAGAUGGGUAUGAAGAUGGAGGGUACCAUUGAGGCCGCCCAGGAAUUGCACCAGGACCCGCAGUCACACGUUAACCCCGACAUCAUCGAGGAAAAGGUCGUCAAGGAAGCCCAACAAGCAGGUUCGGCGGCAUACCAAUUCGACCCCAAUGCCUCGCCUGAAGACAAGUCCAAUGCGGCCAAAGCACGAUUGCCGCCUAAUUUUCACCAUCCUCAUAAACCACAGGGUGUCGCUGUAAUUACAGAUAAGACCGAUGGCAAAGCAGACUAUGAUCUCCCUGCACCGGAAUCUGCGACCGCCAUUAUGGCCGAGGAAGCCACGCGAGAAAGUGUGGCUGGAAAGCCCCUCGACGAGGAUCUUCGAUGGGCCCGCGAUCGAACGGGUUGGGCCCCCAAGUUCGUCGAUGAGAAGCUAGCGGCCACUUUAGGAGAAGAAGGUACAUUGCUAGAUCACGAGACCUUCUUGGAGGGGAGAAUCCCCGACAAGUUCUUUGGUGACUGGUACCACAAUUGCGGGAUUAUCAUCUUCGCCUGCGUGGCCUCGUGGAUGGUCGCCGUGCUCGGCGGUGGCAUAGGUUGGGUUCUUAUGGUUAUGGCAGCAUGCAGCACCUACUACCGUACCUCCAUUCGACGAGUGCGGCGGAACUUCCGUGACGAUAUUAGCCGUGAAAUGUCCAAGCAGCGCCUCGAGACCGACACCGAGAGCCUCGAGUGGAUCAACAGCUUCCUCGUCAAGUUCUGGCCUAUCUAUGCCCCCGUCCUGUGCGACACUAUCAUCAACACCGUCGACCAGGUCCUUAGUACUUCUACUCCCGCCUUCUUGGAUAGCUUGCGCCUCAAGACCUUUGUCCUCGGUACCAAGCCUCCUCGUCUGGAGCACGUCAAGACCUACCCCAAGACCGACCCUGAUACCGUCAUCAUGGACUGGAAGUUCAGCUUCACCCCCAACGACGUUACGGACCUGACUGCCCGCCAGACAAAGGACAAGAUCAACCCCAAGGUCGUAUUGGAGGUUCGUGUCGGUAAGGGUGUCGUUAGCAAGGGUCUCGACGUGAUUGUCGAGGACAUGGCUUGCUCAGGCUUGAUGCGUGUCAAGGUCAAGCUUCAGAUUGCGUUCCCCCAUAUCGAGCGUGUCGACGUCUGCUUCCUGGACAAGCCCGAAAUAGAUUACGUCUGCAAGCCCCUUGGUGGUGAUACCCUUGGAUUCGAUAUCAACUUCAUUCCCGGCCUGGAGUCCUUCAUUAAGGACCAGAUUCACGCCAACUUGCAGCCCAUGAUGUACGAUCCGAACGUGUUCCCGAUCGAGAUCGCCAAGAUGCUUGCUGGAAACCCCGUCGACCAGGCUAUCGGUGUGGUCGCGAUUACGCUGCACGGUGCUCAACAGCUCAAGAACCCCGAUAAGUUCUCUGGCACUCCUGAUCCUUACGCCGUGGUGUCUUUGAACAACCGUAAUGAGCUCGGCCGCACCAAGGUCAUCCACGACACCGACAGCCCCCGCUGGAAUGAGACUAUUUACGUGAUUAUUAACUCCUUCAGUGAUGCAUUGUCCAUUGCUGCCUACGACUGGAACGAGUACCGCAAGGAUAAGGAAAUGGGUGUUGCUAGCUUCGCAUUGGAUAAACUCGAGCAGGAGCCUUCUCAUGAGGGUAUUUAUCUGGAAGUGCAGGCCAGUGGCCGCCACCGCGGUGCCAUCCAAGCCGAUAUCCGCUUCUUCCCCGUUCUUGAGGGACGAAAGAACGAGGCUGGCGAGGCUGAACCCGCCCCUGAAGUCAACACCGGUAUCGCUCAGUUCACCGUGGAGCAGGCCAAGGACCUCGACGGAAGCAAGAGUCUGGUUGGCAAGCUGAACCCUUACGGUGUUCUCCUUCUCAACGGAAAGGAGAUUCAUAUUACCAAAAAGCUCAAGCGCACCAACAAUCCCAUCUUCCAAAAUGCCUCCAAGGAGUUCCUCGUCACGGACCGAAAGAACGCUCGUCUGGGUCUUAUCCUCAAGGACGAUCGCGACAUCAUGCAGGAUCCCAUUAUCGGCCGCUACCAGAUCAAGAUGAACGACAUGCUGAAGAUGAUGGAGCGUGGCCAACAAUGGUUCCACCUUCACGGUGCCAAGGACGGACGUGUCAAGUUGACUCUCCAGUGGAAGCCUGUCGCGCUGGGCGGCAUUGGCAGCGCUGGCUACAUUGACCCCAUUGGUGUCAUGCGCUUCCACUUCAAGCGUGCGACCAACCUGCGCAACCUCGAGGCUAUGGGCAAGUCUGAUCCCUACGCUCGCGUGCUGCUUUCCGGUGUGACUCGUGGCCGCACUGUCACCUUCCGCAACAACCUCAACCCCGAAUGGGACGAGGUCGUCUACGUGCCUAUCCGUAGCGCACGCGAGAAGCUGACGGUCGAGGUCAUGGACGAGGAGACCAUCAACAAGGACCGAACUCUUGGUUGGUGCGACCUCAGUGCCUCCGACUUUGUUCGCGAGACGGAGAGCGGUGAAUAUGAGAUCGACGACGAGAAGCAGGAGAUCACUAGUAGUCUGAAGAUCAGCGGUGGCUCUCCUAAGGGAGAACUCCACUACACUGUUUCCUUCUACCCGUCUGUACCGGUCAUCAACCCCGAGGACGAGGCUGACGAGGAGGAAGAGCUCCCCGUCACUCCUGGUCCUGACUCCACCGAAUUCCCCAAGGGCAUCGAGUCCAAACCCAAGGUUUUGCACUCGAAAUCUGCUAGCGUUGACUCCAAGGCUUCCAAGGCCUCCAAGGCUCUUACCAACGGCGCUGCACCCAUCACUAACGGAACUACCAACGGAACUACCAAUGGCGAGCCGGCUACUAAUGGCCGCACCAGUCUGGAAACCACUACAUCGCGCCCAAUGACUGGUACCCCGUCUGAGACCGCGUCUCUUCGUUCGGUCAAGUCCAUCCCCCGCACGUUCGUCAGUGCAGAUGAUCUCCCUAAAUAUGAAUCCGGUUUCAUUGUGUUUAAGUUCCACGAGGGCCAGCUGGCCGUUCCCCAUGUCCAGUUGGAAGUCGUGAUGGACGAUUACAUGUUCCCCUCGUAUGUCUCAUCUAAGAUCCACACCACGACUGCCAAGUUCAGUGACGUGGGCGAGGCAUUCGUUCGUGAGCUCGAGUUCUCCAAGAUCACCUUGCGUCUAGUCAACAAGGAUGACCCCAAGGACUCCAGCGAGGAGCACACAGUCGCCAAACUGACUGGUGACACCCUGCCCACCCUCAUGCGUAUGCUGUACACGCCCACCGAGCUCGUUCUUCGCUCCAACUCCGGCGAGGUGAGCAAGGUCACCGUCAGCGCCCGGUACAUUCCGACGGAAAUGAAGCUCGACCCCAAGGAGAGCAUCAACAACAUGGGUACCCUGCGCGUGGACGUCCACGAUGCCGCCGAGCUUCCCGCCGCCGACCGCAACGGAUUCAGCGAUCCAUUCUGCAAGUUCCGCAUGGACGACGAGACCGUGUUCAAGACCAAGGUCCAGAAGAAGACCCUGCACCCGGCCUGGAACGAGUACUUCGAGACCCCUAUCAAAUCCCGCAUCGGCGCCAACUUCCAUGUGGAUGUGUACGACUGGGACUUUGGUGACAAGGCUGACUUCCUCGGCGCCACGCCGAUUGAUCUGGAAUCCCUGGAGCCCUUCCAAGCCAAGGAAGUCACUCUGCCCCUCGACGGUAAAUCAGGCGCGAUCCGCCUGAGCCUGCUUUUCAAACCUACCUAUGUGGUCCGCGCCCGCCAAGGUUCCUCUACCUUCUCCGGCACCUUCGCCGUCCCCGGCAAGAUCGUCGGCGCUCCCGUCAAGGGUGUGGGCUUCGUCGGUGGCAACGUCAUUCGCGGCGCCUCCUUCCUGAAGCACGGCCUCAUGUCGCGCAUCCACAAAGAUAAAGGCGAAGAUACCGCCUCCAUCAUGAGCAACAUCGAGGAGCCUGAGCCCGCCAGGGGCAACCAUCUCACCCCAGCCGCCUCCCUUAAGGAACACAGCCGCAACCGCAGCACCGCCUCCCAGUUCGGCGACCGCCUUAGCGUCUUCGGUGGCGGCGGCUCCGGCGACAAGGGUUCCGCCAACAUCACCGUCGUCUCCGCUGCCAACUUCCCCACUGAUGCCAACCUCCGUGUCAUCAUUCGUGCCCAGGGUUCCAAGGGCGCAAAGGAAAUCCACAAGACCAAGGCACACAAGAACACCGCCGGUACAGUCAUCUACGACGAUUCCUUCCGCGUCCCCAACACCACGGCCGACGCCCAGUACCAGGUCCGCGUCGUGGACCACGCCACCUUUGGCUCGGACGAUGUCCUCGGCGAAUCGCCGUUCUUCGUUGACGACCAAGGUUCCGUGGCCGGACAGGAUAAGACUAUUCCGGUUGGUGACGGCCUCGUUACCAUUCGUUCCAGCUUUGCACUUUCCGAUGGUGGUCUGAGACCCACUACGUCGCACUCGACGGCAGGUCCCCCCGAUGCUGAUGGUGCGGGUAGUCCCGAUUCGAGAAAGAUGCCCCGUCGCAGCUUCUUGAGUAAGCGGUCUGCCAGUGGUGUUUAA